GGCAGCGCAUGCGUCAAUCUUGAACAAGCACGCCUAGUCCUGCACAAUUCGGGCUUCAUGCAGCUGACCCAAACCGUCUGAGACCUGCAGCGACACUAACACCUGAUAAUCAUUCCGCAAUCCCUCGAUGUUUGCAGUUCCAGGUUGGAACGUCUCGCCAACAUCCCUGGUGAAGGAAAAGCAAACUCAGAAGCCGGACAAGGGACAGUCGUCCGGAAAUGGCACACCGGUAACAAAGAAGAGAAAGAGCACGACCUCUCACGACGGUCAGACCUCCAAGAUCAGCGGUACCGAUCUUGAGCGGCUAUGGAAUCAACGUCACGAAACAAAGGUCCAUCGGCAGACUGAUCCGUCAAGGUCGAAGCCCGAGCCUUACUCUCGAUCCAACAAUGUCUCCACCAAGGCUGGCAAGGAACAGAAGCCCACGAAACAGGCCGACUCCAAUGCCGUUGCUGUGGGAAGGAAGGAGACAAGCCAAAAGAAAAACAAGAACAAGAACAAACCAGAUGUCCAAGACGAACAGAAGCCCGUAGCAGACAAGCAGAAUGUUGAUCAAAAUAGCCACAAGUCUGAGAAGAAUGGCAACAGCGGUGACAUCGGCAAGCAGUCAUCGUCGACGAAGGCCCUUAUCGAAGCCCUCCCUCCUGCGCCGCCAGCAACAAAACUCACCGCCCUCCAAGCCAAAAUGCGCAACAAACUGACUUCCGCGCGCUUCCGCCACCUGAACGAGACCCUCUACACCACCACCUCCUCUCAAGCGUUAGACCUCUUCACGUCUUCCCCAGACCUCUUCGCCGAAUACCACGCCGGCUUUGCCCAGCAGGUCAAAGAGUCCUGGCCCCAGAACCCAGUCGAGCAGUACGUCCGCACGAUCAAGACCCGUGGAAACUUGAAUGAGAAGGAGAAAGACACGGCUCUGCCGCUCCCUCGCCGCAAAACAGGCUCCUGCACAAUCGCCGACUUAGGCUGCGGCGACGCCCCGCUCGCACGCGGAUGCCAAUCUCAGGUCAAGAACCUCAAGCUCAAAUUUCACAACUACGACCUACACGCCGCCAACAAUUUCGUCACGAAAGCGGACAUUACAAAUCUCCCACUCCGAGACGGCGAGGCCGAUAUCGCCGUCUUCUGCCUCAGCCUGAUGGGCACAAAUUGGCUCUCUUUUGUCGACGAGGCAUGGCGGAUUCUCCGUGGCGACGGCAAAGGUGAAGUCUGGGUUGCAGAGGUGAAAUCCCGCUUUGGCCGCGUCACACGCCGGCCGGGACAUGUCGUUGAGAACAGCGUUGGCAAGAGACGCAAGAAGCAAAAACCGAAAGGGGGGGACUCUGACGAUGAAGCCGUUGGCAAUGGUAUCUUUGUUGAAGAAUCCGAAGGGAAUCAAGCUGAUGAAACUGAUAUCUCGGCCUUUGUCAAGGUCUUUUCCCGACGCGGCUUUGUUCUGCGGGAGGACUCGGUCGACAAGCGCAACAAGAUGUUCGUGAGCAUGGUGUUUGUCAAGUCCGGUGUGCCGACUGCUGGGAAGCACAAGGGUCUGAAGUGGAAUGGGCAUGAAUACCAACGUGUGCAAGACGGCAAGAUGAGGUUCGUGGCCGGUAAAGGGGACGAUGAGGAUAUCUCGCCACAGGAUGAAGCCAAGGCCUUGAAGCCUUGUGUAUACAAGACCAGAUAAGAAAAUUUUCGAACGUUAUGAGGCAAUCAAUUCGGUCUUGAGGUAGGUAGCAACAGUAGGUUCUCACAACCCAUGUAUCACAGUCCAUGUCAUUGCGCUCGACUCAUCUCUCG